AUGUCAGAUCAAGGGACUCGUAGCAAACAUGAAAGAGAAGUCCAGGAAGAAGAAGACGAUGCUGACAUCGGACCAGCUUUACCAACGGCCGAUGAGGCGCCAAAAAAGAAAAAACGAGUUUUACUUCACGAACGAAUUUAUUUGGAACGUUUGCCUUCGGCUGAUAUGUAUGAACGUAGUUAUAUGCAUCGCGAUGUUUUGAAUUUCUGUAAUUUAAUUAUUUUAAGAACGGAUUUUAUAAUUACAACAUCAGUUGAUGGACAUUUGAAAUUUUGGAAAAAGAAUGAUAAAGGAAUAGAGUUUGUGAAGCAUUUUCGUGCACAUAUCGGUAAUAUCAAUUGUAUUAGUGUAUCUGCGGAUGGACUACUACUAGCAACUGGUUCUGUAGAUAAAGCAUUAAAAAUAUUUGACGUAAUCAAUUUCGAUAUGAUUAACAUGAUGAAAUUGGAAUAUGUGCCAAAUAGUAUAUGUUGGGUUCAUAAAAGAGGUCAAGCUCAGUCGCUAUUAGCAAGUUCAAAUGAGGCUGGUAGUAUUUUUAUUUAUGAUGGUCGAGGUGAUGGAAGCCCGUUAUAUAAUGUUCCAAAGUUGCAUUCCCAUCCGGUGCACUUAAUGACAUAUAAUGAGAAGGACCAUGCUGUUAUUUCUGCAGAUACAUCAGGAAUGUUGGAAUAUUGGGUACCGGAAGAACCUUUUGGUUUACCCAAAACUGUUUCAUUUGAGUUCAAGUCAGAUACUGACCUUUACGAAUUCAAAAAAGCGAAAACACAUCCAACUUCAAUAAAGUUUUCGUAUGAUUAUAAUCAAUUUGUAACAAUGAGUAUUGGAGAUCGUCAGGUACGCGUUUUCCGUUUUAAAACUGGAACAAUGAUCCGAAAAUACGAUGAGUCAUUAGCCAUUAUAAGUGAAAUGCAACAGGCUGGUACUACUAUAUAUAAAUUAGACGAUAUGGAAUUUGGACGUCGUCUCGCUGUAGAACGUGAAUUGGAAAAGACUUCACAAGCUUCCACAAUGAAUGCAGUUUUUGACGAGAGCGGUAAUUUUAUUAUUUAUCCCACAAUGUUGGGCGUCAAAGUUGUUAAAUUACUUGGAAAAACGGAACCAAAUCGCUUUCUUAACAUGUCAUUAUACCAAGGGGCUCCAAAUAAGAAAGCACUCAUCACAAUGGUGAUAACAUUAAAAUGA